CCCGCUGCUACACACAGGUGAGGGUGAUCGUCUGCCGGACGACUCAGUGGGUACAACGCCGUGCUAGUGACAACGACGAUGUUCGUUGUGCCGUCUCCCCUUGACCCUGCCGCGGCUGCAAAGCCGCUUGUUACCGAAUCGCUUUACGUUGACGCAGUCCCCUGUCACUAAAUUUAUUAUUGUUGCUAUGACACGAAAUAUUUCGUGAAACUUCAUUUAUAUUUUGAAACUAGUUUAAUUCUUUCCGUUAUUUUGUGAUUUUAUAAGCGAAACUUAAGGAUUACUUAAAAGUUUCUGGUGGAGAUUAACAUUCUCUCGUCACUUUCUUUAGAAGACUGUGCGGGUGUCAGUUUGCGUGUUUUCAAGUGCUUCUUAAUUAAGUGGGCCGUUUCCCGGAGGAAGUGUUUUGGAAGGAAGUUGUUGGUGAGGAGAAUCAGUUCAGUUAUCUGUCAGCGUCCCAGGAACCGUUAAUACGAAGAUGGAAACGAAACCUAAACUUCCGAGCUCGUCGCGGGAGAUGCGGAACAUCGCCGAGAAGAUGCGACGCGACAAACUGAACAACUACGUGUCGGAAUUGGCCUCCAUUAUACCCCUCGUGGGUGGAUCCACAAAACGCGUCGAUAAGACUUCCAUCCUCAGACUGGCUGCCAAUUAUAUCCGCAUGCACAAUAUUUUAGGAGAUUCUGUCGAGAAAAAAGUGACCUCCACAAAGAGCAUUGUCCAGAGAGGUAUCAUGACUUCAUUAGAAGAGGCUAUUGGCGGCUUUCUUUUAGUUGUGACAUCAUCGGGAAAGGUGGUUUUCAUCACAGAAGCUGUUGAGAGCUUCUUUGGUUAUACUCAGGUUGAUCUUCUGGGAAGUUGCCUUUUCAAUGUCAUCCACACAGAGGACCAUGAUAUCCUCAAGGAGCAGUUAUAUUCUAAAGAGGAUCCUCGAAGGUCCUUCUUCUGCCGGAUGAUGGAGAAGACUCUUUCCCGAAAUGAUCCCAGCCGAUAUGAAAUUAUUCACAUUGUUGGUACAUUGAAGCCUCUACUCGACAGUUGUUCCAGUACAGCAAUGCAAAAUAUGUCCAAAACUAAUCAGGAACAAACUAUAGAACCUGCAGAAAGUACUUGUUCAGACUUGGACGAAGACGAUGCCCAAAAGCCCGAGUCAAACAGAAUAGGGACCCAUAUUCUGGUAGGGUUUGUACGCAUCGUCAAAGACAGACCCAUAACUGAACUCUUUCUAACGGAGUCAAACCAUGAUGAGUAUAUCACGAGACAUACUAUGGAUGGCAAGAUUCUCUACACGGACCAUAGGAUUUCUUUUGUAACGGGCCUUAUGCCAUCUGAAGUUCUAGGAACAUCUGCAUUCAAAUACAUGCAUUCGGAAGAUAUGGUGUGGUCGAUGGUUGCUCACAAACUGAUGUUCACAAGCUCCCAAGGACAAGGUGUGGUGUCGUACAGGCUGAAGUGUAAAGGGGGAUCCCUUGUCACUCUCAGGAGUCGAGGUUAUAUUGAACUGAAUAAAACGACUGGCCAGGCCGAAACCUUCGUUUGCAUCAAUACUGUUGUUAGUAAUAAUGAAGCUGAGGAGGAAAUGAAGAAUCAGAGACGUAAGCUUCUGCCAAUAAUUGCUAAUGAGGAAGGAAAGGACCACCUGGGAUCAGUCCCGUCUUCGAUGCCUCCUGAAUUUUUGUCAAUGCUGAAACUUAUCAUGGAUUCUAAAACAAUACAGAAAAUUAUUUCUGAGGUAGAUAAAUCAUUUAACCAAAACUCUAAAUCACAUCCAUCCAAGCAUUCCACGAAACUUGAAGUAUGUCAAGAAUAUUCCACGACAGAAUUAUUGCCACAACGCACCGUUAAAAACUGUAAGGACGCUGACCUGCUUGAUCCUUCACAAACUGAGAAUUCUCCAGGGUACCUGUGUGAAAAGAAUGAAAGUCAGGCACUUAAUGUAUUUCGAAAACGAAAUGCCAAUGAGGAGCUCUGCACUUUACCAGCAAAGAUACCUACUAAUUCUUCCUACCUGUGCAAAGCUAUUUCAGAUGCCCAUCGUCCACAUACCUUUUCACCUUUGCCUCACCUCAGUCAUGAUACAAUCCAGCCAAUGUUAUGUACACCGUCUACCCUAACAGAAGAAAAACUUGAAAAUCGAACUAAUAACCACAGUUCUCCAAGUCAAUUUCAUACAACAGAUCAGGGUGAUCCAGUGGUAACAAAUGUGCACUCUCACAAUUAUCCUAAACAUGAAGGAAAUGGUUUCAAGUAUCACCCACCUAUGAGUGGUUAUAGAGAUGUUCAUCACUUUCAAGAAUGUUACCAGGACUACAAGCAUCCCUUCAAAAAAGAUUUCGAUGAUAAUGAUUUGCAUGUAUGCCAUGGAAAAAUGUCUAAUUCAUACAGCCUCUUUAACAAAAGCACAGACUGUCAGUUGGAGAGAGAGACUAGAUUUUCACAAAACACCUCUACCUCCGUGCUCCACUCAAAUUAUCCUAGCCACAGUUGGAUGAACCCUCAGUAUGUUGGGUCAACCAAUGGAUUAAGUCGAAAUUUUCAAAUGCCAGCUGUCCAGCAUACUUUGUAUUCGCAGAGAUUUACAGGUCCUUACCAAGAUACUAACUACUGCCCUUCCGUACCUGAAUUUGAUAUUAAAUUGCAGAGACAACAGUAUCCUCUCGAUCAUAAUCCUCAUUGGUCACAGGAAAAUAGAUGCCCUUCUCAACAAAGGAUGCAUCCUCAACAAGCCUGGUUAUCUACCUCUACAUUCUCUUCUCUGGCACCAGUAGUGGAACCAGAUUUAAAACCUGCAGGGGUGGAAACAUUACCUAACAUUCCAACUCAAUGUACAACGUUUUUUGGGGACAACCAAGGUCAAAUGCCUUAACCUCAACACCACGUUCCAACAUGGCAGGGCAAGUGAUUUCCUUAAGGAAUGUCUCAUUAAAAGAUGUACAACAGAAAGUUUGAUAAUGUCAUAACUACCUUUGUAAUAAAAUGUUUGCGGUUUUGAGAAUUUAAAAUAUGAUAGCUAUUGUAUGUAUUUUAAAAAUCGUAAUUUUAUCAAUUACCAACUCAAGUACGUAUUCCCAAAACACCUCUGCUCAACAAUCUCUUGGAUUUGCAAAUAGCAAGAAGUCCGUCCUGUUAGAGGAACAAAAGACUCCAUUUAUAUAGCAGUGACUUUACAGUCAAGUCUUUAGUUAUGAAGUAUCGUACAUUAAGUUUUAGCUCAAAGAACCACUUAUUUACACUGAAAUUAUUGUAAUAUUUUGUCUUUUAUUUUAUACAUUUUUAGUCCACAGCUCUUAACUAGCACUCCAAAUACAAUACUGUGUCAGCUUAAGGGAAGUACUACUUACACUGACCGAACUGGAAGCCACUUUGGAAUCUAGUACACCAGAUUUCUGGAUCAUCAGCCUAGAGUUUCAGCAUACAUCUAGAAUACACCCAGCAAAUGUUUUGGGGUCAGUGUGUGCACUACUUCAGCUGCUCAGGCAAAAUGAGAAUGUUGUACAUUAUUCAGGAUCUAUCACACAAAGGUUAUCAGCACUUCAUGAACAAAGCAUGUACUAUACUAAUAAGAAUAAAUAUUAUUUGAUAAAUUUCUUUCAGCUGAAAAAUUAUUUCAGCAGCAAUUGCAUGAACAAAGAGUGUAUAUGUACAUCGAUAGAUAGA